AUGAACAAAUUCAAAUCUAUAUUUAAGAGGAAAAAGGAGAACGAACCCAUGCAUGCAACAACAGCCAAUGUAACAACUAAAGUGGAGCGGGUGGUAAAAAGGGAUAGUGAUGAAGCAAAGAGUAAAAUAAGUGGCAAUUUGAACAUAAAUGCUAAGGGUUCUGGAAAUCCCUCUGGUAAAAAAAGGAAGGAGGAAUUAACAGAGGAAAAUAAUAGUACUAAGAGUUCUAUUAAUUCUAAUGUCUCAUCUUUACAUUCCUCUGAUGAUGACGAUUAUGACGACGAUGAAGAUGAAGGAUAUAGUGAGGAACUACAACCUGAGAAUUUAUUCCCCGAGCAGGUUGAAUUACAGGGAUAUACAUUGAUUGAAAAAGUAGGAGAGGGAGCUUUCUCGAAAGUAUUCAGGGCUGUUCCUCAAAGAAAUGGUCCUACGUCAUUUUUAUGUGAAAAUUACAAAGAAGUUGCCAUUAAAAUAAUCAAGAAAACUGCUCUUGUUGGUGAUGAUCCUAAAGCUGAUAUUCAUGUGGCAGAAUCUCAUAAUAGGAAACAUAGUAAGACAUCGAGUAAAGAACAAGUAUUGAAGGAGGUCUCCUUGCAUAAGGCUGUCUCGAGCGGAUGUCCACAAAUUGUUCAAUUUAUUGAUUUCCAAGAAUCUAAAACGUAUUAUUAUAUUGUUCAAGAAUUAAUACAUGGUGGUGAAAUCUUUGGGGAGAUUGUUAAAUAUACUUAUUUCAGUGAAGAUUUAUCGCGCCAUGUUAUCAAACAACUGGCUCUAGCUGUGCAACACUUACAUUCACUUGGGGUAGUUCAUAGAGAUAUUAAGCCAGAAAAUUUAUUAUUUGAACCUAUUGAAUUUAUCCCAUCAAAGGAACCAAAAUUAAGAAAAUCAGAUGAUCCAUCCACUAAAUCAGAUGAAGGUUUAUUUGUACCAGGAGUAGGUGGUGGUGGUAUUGGUGUAGUGAAAUUAGCCGAUUUUGGUCUAUCUAAACAAAUAUUUGCUACUAAUACAAAGACGCCAUGUGGUACUGUUGGAUACACUGCGCCUGAGGUUGUCAAGGACGAGCAUUAUUCCAUGAAAGUUGAUAUGUGGGGGGUUGGAUGUGUUCUAUACACAAUGCUUUGCGGAUUCCCACCAUUUUAUGAUGAAAAGAUUGACGUUUUAACUGAGAAGAUCUCUCGUGGUGAAUAUACAUUCUUACGACCUUGGUGGGACGAAAUUAGUGCUGGGGCUAAGAAUGCUGUUAUACGAUUACUAGAAGUGGAUCCUAAUAAGAGAUAUGAUAUUGAUGAGUUCUUAGAGGACCCCUGGCUAAAUACAUAUGAUUGUUUGAAAGAGCAAGAGGAAGACCAGAGAAGAGAGAUUGAAAACAUGGAGAAGAAAAAGAGGAAGAGUCACAGACAUAAGAUGUAUAAUUUUCAAAGGGAUGCAUCCAUACUGUACUCACCAGCUGCUGUAGCCAUGCGUGAUGCAUUCGACAUAAGUAAUGCAGUUCAACGUAUAGAGGAGGACAGAAGAGUAAACACUCCUACAUUAGGUGCGCUGGCCGAAGAUGAAGAAGAAGAAUUCUCCAAUGAAUUGAACCAUGAAGGGGUCAAUGGGCUGGAACAAGAUAUGUUCCAAUUGAAAUUAAAUUCUGCAACAAUAAUAAAGAGAAGGCAAGAAAAGAAACAUUUAGCAGAGAACGUGCCAGUGGAACCAAUCAAAGAAUAG